AUGUGCUGCAUAUUUUCUUCUGCAGAGCCUCCUGCACCUGCAGGUCAGAAUGUUGUAGACGAGAAUAUUCCAACAGCAGCAAAAGAGCCUUCUCUUCAACAAACGAUUGCUGAUGAUGGCAAGGUCAUUAAAAUGGAGUGUGAUCCUUCAAGGACCACACUUAAACGUGAGUUUAAAGAUUAAUUUAGUGUGAUAGACUGUCUUGGAAAAAAGCAUUGUCGAACAGCAGCAAUGAAACGAGAAACGAUGUAACAAGCAACUUUUGAAUGGAUCCUAUUAAUCUUAAUUCUGAUCUACUAGUUAUUCUGUUCCUCAUUUUUUGUUGUUGUGUUAUUUAACUUUUAAAAAAGAUCGCCAUUUACGUACUGUACGUGUACUGUAUCACUUACAUUUAAUCUGCGCAAAGAGAAGAGUGUCGUAUGCGUUGUAUGAUGUUGCUUGCGUUUCCUUUUUAGAACAAUGCUAAAUUUUCGCCUGGAUUUUCUCAUCUAGGAACUUCAGGAGAAAUUGGUAAAGGACUUUCAAAACGUACAAAAGCCGACCUUUCCGAUGUUGAUUCCUUGGACAUUGGACGAUUUGUGUCCGUGGCAGGAAUUGAUGAUGACACUAAGUUUAAUUUAAUCAACAAUCACUGGAAGCCACCCCCAGAUUUCAACUUUCCUUCUUCUGAAACUUCACGCCGAAAAUUUUGUGCUAGUUGGCUACAUCGCAGGUCUUGGCUAUGUUAUUCCAAGUUGUAUAACGGAGCUUUCUGUCUUUCUUGUGUCAAACUGGACGUAACGGCUCAAAAUUAUCCAAGUUAUUUAAGGAACCCUUAA